ACAGUUUGUUGUUGUAGAACUCUUGAGAUAGCGACAUAGUAUGCUUCUAAUUGGAAUUUUUGGAGUGCUGAUCACCACUCUUCUGGUCCCACUGCUAAUGGGAGUGACUGAUAUGGAUCAUUUAGUACACUCGUUGGGAUCACAGCUACAACGCUUCAUUGGUCCUUCUGAUGACAUAGUGCACGAUAAGAUAGCGGUUGCACACACACCAUUGAACCUGACACACAUCAGCGUGCUUGACCCUAUGUAUUCCCAUGGUCUGGGGAGAAAGGAUCUUAUACAUCAGGUUGAAAGCCUCGUCCAGGGUGUCGAGGAGAAGUUAGAGUCACGGCUUUCGCAGUGUGUAGCGCAAUUUCUUCCCGAGAGUAUGGCGUGUAAGAUACAUUCAGUGGCCGAUGCGUGGAAGCAGCAGAGGCUCUACUCGGUAUACAAAGACUAUGAAGCUCUAUUCAAGGCACUGGCUUUAUCUGCCAUGGGACUACUCAUGUUGAAGAUCCUCAACUUGUUAUUGACGUUGAUUGUACCUAAAAGGGAACACUUGGAGGAGGUUGAAACCCCACCCGUAAUUGACAAGAGAUACACUGAUUUUGAAACUUUCCCUGUAUGUACAGGCAAAGGUAAAGGAGAUGCCGAGGAGUUUCUCAUGUUGAACAGUUAUAAGGAUAACAACAUUGAGCUACCAUCGUAUGGCACUGAAGAUCUUUCCAUACUGGGUGGUUCGACGCCUAUCAAGAGUUCAAGCAUUCCAGUGGAAGUUGAGAUAGUAGGAUGUGGUGAUACUGGGGUUCCAGUACACAUCUCAGAGUCUGAGAGUGAGGGAGAAGAAGAAGAAGAAGAUGAUGAUGAUGAUGAUGGUGAACAGCGAGACAUAAGCCAAGAACAAGGACAGAGGAGUAACGCAACGCAACCAAUAUUGUCUUUGAGCUCCUUUGAAAAAGUUGAAGCACAGAACGAUGAUUUGGCGAUGGAGCUAAAUAGGGCCAGAUCGCUAACUCCAACGAGGAUCGAUUCAGGCCGCAAGGGAACCACAGAGCUAUCACCGUCUAGGAAGCUGGUCUAUAAGAAGUCCUCUUCAAUACUCACUGCGUUCCCCAAGGUAACAAGUGAAACCACCGUUGGCGACGUCACCCAUGAAACUGUCUAUUCGCAAGGAUUUAGCAGCAGUGGCAGCGGAGACUCAAGCCCAGCGCCUUCGAAACCCGGCUCACAUGCGUAAGAUCAGCACAAACAGUGCUAAAUAGCUCAAUACAGUGAUGGAGCUCAUCAGCAGGACGAUGUUGCCACUCGUCUUGUAGUAUAACGUUUGCGUGGUCUCUGCGUAGUAAUCCUUCAUCUGGUUAGAUCU